AUGGGAAAAGUUAGUGAGAUUCCAAAUUUCAGCUGGAGCUGGGAUGAUUGUCUGGUUCACGUUAAGAAUUUAAAUGUAUACAAUGAGUUGAAUGCUAAGCAGAGGGAAAUGAAGGAGGAACUGGUUAGGUUAAAAGUUAAAAGUAAUGAGAUGGUGAAGGAAAUUUCAGCCUUAUCUGAUAAAAAUGAGAAAAAAUUUAUAGCACUGCAAAAUGCAAUUAUUGACAUUUCUAAAAAUUUAAAAGCUUCUCUCAAUAAAAGUUGGGCUGAAGUUGCAGGGUUAUGUAGAGUUUUCGUCGACACCGUGAAGGAUGCUGCGGUGUUCUCCCCUACCACCUCUUCCGUCGACGCGCUCGUCGUUGCCGCUAUCCUCGCUGCGUCGGCGAUCGUCGACACGGUAGGGUCGGUGUCGGUCAUCAGCACCGUGGCAAUCGCACACGCCAUCUGUCGCUGGAUACCACACACCCUCACUCAGGCGGUCGUUCCCUUGGCCGAGACUCGCCGGUCUACAAUAUCUUCUACCGACCUCAGGGUCGGAAUAUACGGGCCGGGCAAAAGAGAUAAAGAGAUGUUUCACCCUUCUUGCCGGGCGUACGGACCGGUCUUUCCGCACGCUCGCAAGGCUUCUCUCAAGCGUUGA